UGUGUGUGUGUGUGUGUGAGCGUGUGCGUGCGUCUACUUUGUACUGUGAGGAACACAGCCCAUGUGCUCUGCAUGGACGUUACUGAUACUCUGUUUAGCUUGAUUUUCGACAAGCAGGCAAGAUGUCCAGCACACCACAUGACCCCUUCUAUUCUUCUCCUUUCGGCCCAUUUUAUAGGAGACAUACACCAUACAUGGUGCAGCCAGAGUACCGAAUCUAUGAGAUGAACAAGAGACUGCAGUCUCGCACAGAGGAUAGCGACAACCUCUGGUGGGACGCGUUUGCCACCGAGUUUUUUGAAGACGAUGCCACAUUAACUCUUUCAUUUUGUUUGGAAGAUGGACCAAAGCGCUACACUAUCGGCAGGACCCUUAUCCCUCGCUACUUUAGCACUGUGUUUGAAGGAGGGGUGACCGACCUGUAUUACAUCCUCAAACACUCGAAAGAGUCAUACCACAAUUCAUCCAUCACAGUGGACUGUGACCAGUGUGCUAUGGUCACCCAGCAUGGGAAGCCCAUGUUUACCAAGGUAUGUACAGAAGGCAGACUGAUCUUGGAGUUCACCUUUGAUGAUCUCAUGAGAAUAAAAACAUGGCACUUUACCAUUAGACAAUACAGAGAGUUAGUCCCAAGGAGCAUUCUAGCCAUGCAUGCACAAGAUCCUCAGGUCCUGGAUCAGCUGUCCAAAAACAUCACCAGGAUGGGACUAACAAAUUUCACCCUCAACUACCUCAGGUUGUGUGUAAUACUGGAGCCAAUGCAGGAACUGAUGUCGAGACAUAAAACUUACAACCUCAGUCCACGGGACUGCCUGAAGACCUGCUUGUUUCAGAAGUGGCAGCGGAUGGUGGCACCCCCAGAACCCACAAGGCAGCCGACAACCAAGCGGAGAAAAAGGAAAAACUCCACGAGCAGCACGUCCAACAGCAGCGCCGGGAACACCACCAACAGCACUGGCGGCAAGAAGAAGACUCCGGCCGCCAACCUGAGUCUGUCCAGUCAGGUACCUGAUGUGAUGGUGGUAGGAGAGCCAACUCUGAUGGGAGGUGAGUUUGGGGACGAGGACGAAAGGCUAAUCACUAGAUUAGAAAACACGCAAUAUGACGCGGCCAACGGCGUGGACGACGAGGAAGACUUCAACAGCCCCCCCGCCCUGGGGAACAGCAGCCCGUGGAGCAGUAAACCCCCCGCCGCUCAAGAGACCAAAUCAGAAAACGCCCCGCCCCAGGCUCCCCAGUGAGACUGACCCGCACCUGCACCCACUGUCAGUAGGCCGUGGGGUACACACACCCACGCUUGCAGAUCCUUGCCUACAGGAGAGGAAGGAGGAGAAAUAAAAACUUUUCCAUGCGAAUACCUAUUUCUAAAUCACAAUGAUCUGAGUUUGAGUUUCUUUCUUUUUUCCUUUUUGAAUUGAGAGGAUUAUUCCAGUAAACUUCCAUGACCCUUCCCUGGAGGCCUUCGCAGGUAACACAUAUACUGGCACUGAUGGUAAUUAAAACCAGAGCGAACGCUCGCGCUUCUCCUGGCUCGGUGUUAACCACAUGUUUGUUAAUUACACGCCCCGCCCCGCCCCACCCCGCCCAGCCCAACCUAACCCAGCCCAACCCAACGAAGGCCAUAUUGUCAAUACGCCCUCAGUGCUCAGGGUCUCAUUAUAUGCCGACCCUAACCACAGAUGACUUUUUAAUAUUGUAAAAUAUUUUCUGCUUUUUGACUUGCAUCUGAGAGUUUCUUGUUUCAGUAAAAAAAGAAAAGAAAAAAAAUCAGCUUUUGGACAGUAAUUUAAGUGUAUCCUUAUUAAUUUUUAUUACUUUCUUCACCUUUUCCUUCAUUGGGUAACAGCUAAGAGGGCCUAGCAGGGUAAUUUAUGGGUGAGCUAAUGUCAAUCGGUUCUCCACCCUGAGUUGGUUCAAUUGAGCCCAAGUGCUGAAACAAGAAAUGUCUUUUUGUCAUCGAAGACGCCGAGGUGGAUUUUUUAUGUAAAGAAAGACACCUACCUGGCCCGUUGAGAACUGAUGCGUUUGUAAAAUUGCUGUUGAUCCAGAUCUUUUCAAGCCAUGUAAUCCAUUAAUUUUGUGGGCAGUUUAAUAAAUCUGAAACUUUUUUGUGUUUUUUAUUGUAUCUGAGUUGACUGUUGUUUCUUUUCAUAGUAUAUUUCUUGUAUAAUAUUUUGUAAAGCCCUCCCUUGGUUCUUUUAUGGGGAUUUUUCUUUUGGGGCAAUUCCAGUGUAUUUAUGUGAAACUUUAUAAGAGAACUAAUUUUUCCAUUUGCAUAUUAAUAUGUUCUGCCACACAUGUAAAGACACAGUGGCUCCGUGUGUUAUAAAACAGCUGUAUUUUAUGUAUGCUUUACCGAUAAGUGUGCCAAUAAUAAACUGUGUUAACG